AUGCCAAUGAUUGCCUUUCUUUUCCUUGUAGUCAACAACAAAUAUGGCUUGAAAUGCAAAAACUGCAAGACUCACAUCCAUCAUCACUGCCAAAGUUAUGUGGAAUUUCAGCGCUGCUUUGGCAAGAUACCUCCAGGUUUCCGCCGUGCUUACAGCUCUCCAUUGUACAGUGCCCAACAACUCUCAGGUGGUAACCGAAAUGAUCCUGUCUUCGAUACCCUGCGGUCGGGGGUUAUCAUGGCGAACAAGGAGCGCAAGAAAGGACAGGAUAACAAAAAAAACCCUUUGGCUGCCAUGAUGGAAGAAGAAACAGAUGCCCCCAAACCAGAAAGUGACAAACCGGAGGGAGAACAUGGGAAGAAAAUUGGACAGAUUGGAGACAAAAUUGGAUACUUUCCACCAAACUUUAUUAUCCGAGUCCGUGCAGGAGAACGCGUGCAUAAGGUCAUGAGGUCUUUUGUGGGCAACAAAGAAAUUGGUCAGAUUACAUUAAAAAAGGAUCAGAUUGUGGUACAGAAAGGAGAGGAGCUGAAUGGGUAUGUCAAAGUCUACACUGGCCGCAAAGUGGGACUCUUCCCCGCGGACUUCUUGCAGGAGAUCUGA